AUGAGGCAAGAUAUCGAGCAACAAGAACCCCAACUCCACGGCGAUUCAGCCGCGGUGGUUUACUCUGAAGCUGAACUCGACAACUCAAGUGCUGAUAAGAAAAAAUCAUUCACCACUAUUCAACACCAAGAACAAUCUUGUCCAGAAACUUGCUCACAAACUUGUCCACAGGACUCCUUGCAUGACAAAAACAGCUCAAGCACUUUUCAAGAACAAACCAACCAACAAUUUGAACCAGAAGUAGAUCCAGACUUGGAACCAGAACUGGACUCAUUUCAAGCAUCUAAUCGAAUGGACUAUGACUCAGCGCUAAACUCUAUCAUCUCAGCGCGCAAUAAUCAGAACCACCAAAACAACAACAACAACAACAACAGCAAAUUCAAUUCCUCAGAUGAUUCGGAAAAGACUUGCAACGAAUCACCUGCUGUUUCGUUUUAUGAACGGUUUAUUGUGGGAGAUGUGGUGAAGAACUUUUCACCUGCAUACUUUGUCUCCGUUAUGGGUACCGGUAUAUCUUCAUCGCUCUUGUACCACUUUCCAUUCCCAGCUCAAUGGCUCAUUGAUAUCUCAUACAUUAUGUUUGCCAUUUGCUGCCUCCUAUUCAUCUUUAACGUUGCCUUGUUCACCAUGGCAUGCAUCUAUUUCCCUGGCCGCUGGAGACUGUACCACGUAGACCCACAACACGCAUCAUUUAUGGGUGCAUUUAGCAUGGGCUACAUCACCAUCGUCAACUACAUUAGCAUCCUCACCAAGGGCCACCACAUGUAUCUCGUUUGGACACUCUGGUGGAUUGCGGUGUUUACGGCAAUGUACACAUCAUUUAUCAUUGUCUAUUUUGCAUUUUUCUCAAAGUUAAACAAGGUGGAAUUGGAUGCAAAACUAAAUGCCACUUUGCUCUUGCCCAUUGUCGCAAUCACUGUGGUUUCAUCACUGGGCCACCAAAUAGAAUUGGACUUGUACAAGCAAAACGAAACCAUUAUAACCAUGGUGGUUAGCUUUAUGCUUUGGUGUCUCUCAAUAUCAUUGGCAUUUAUGAUUAUGACAUUGUAUGUCGGAAGAUUGAUCAUGCACAAGAUCCCGCCAACAAACUUGAUAUUCACCAGUUUCUUACCUGUGGGUUUCCUCGGCCAGUCGAGUUACUCCAUAUACUUGUUUGGCAUGCACUUGGACAAAUACAUCCCACAAGAAUUACUCUUUGGCAAGAUUCUCCUCUGCAUCGGCGGCUUUUUCGCAACAUUCCUACUUUCCUUUGGCUACUUUAUGACAUUUGUUGCCCUCGUUUCCAUCUUUAGCAAAAUAUGGCCAUUUGCCAGAACUCCAAACCCUAACCAUACAAACAAAUUGGGUUUGCUUAAACACAACAAGGGCUUUUGGGCAAUGACUUUCCCUAUGGGUACUAUGUCAUUGGGUAACUUGAACCUUGGUAAAGGUGCCGUUGGAAAUCACCCGCUCAGAGCAUUCACCUACAUGAGCGCUAUCUUUGCUGUGGCAUGUAUCUUGGUCACUACUGCUUGUCUCAUUGGAUGUGUUGUAUACAGUGUUGGAAAAAUUAGAGAAGAAGUAAAGUAUUUUUGGAGUAAAAAGAGAAGAAACAAUGAAUGUUGUAAAGAAGAUGGAUGUAUGGUAUAA